AAAUGCUAGUCAUGAAAUGUAAAAAAAAAAGAAAUAUAAACUAAUUUCCUUAAGAAUUGAAUACGGAAAGUAAUCGUAUUGAAAAAAAAAAAAAAAAAAAAACGGAUAAAUACAUUAUCGCAAAUAUACUGAAUGAAUACUAUGAGGACAUUAAAUAUAUUUGGCAUUUAUUUAAAACAAAUUAAAAGAUCAUUUCUACUUCACUAAGAUUUUCGCUAAAAUCGCCACAAUUUUAUUUGAAUUUAUUCACAAUACGUAAUUAAUGAUAUACGAAACAAAAACAAGAACUUUUCAUUGUUAGUGAUACCAUCUCUGAAGAGGCCCGUUUAGCGCGAUCACAUUCAACAGCUCCAGUGGCGCAAUUGGUUAGCGCACGCGACAGUCAGGAUUGGAAAUUUGAAAAUGGACAUUGUUGUGACAGUAUGCGAGUCACAGAGAGACCUUCUGACCUAAAUUGAUCGAGAUAUAAUGGACAGUGUGAGAGGAACGACGACAGAUCCCACCAUUAUCAUUAUUAAUGGCAGCCACGUUAAAAUCGAGGAUGCAAACGAUGUUUUAUGCUAAGUACCCGAUCGUCAGCCAAAUCACGAAAUGUGCUACCUAUUAAACUGGCUUGGUGGCCGAUGUUCGCCGGGUGGAACAAUGACCACUAGGAUCCAGUUUCGGUGAAGGCGUGCGCUUUAAAAGCGCUUUAAAAGCCCACCCAUGACUUCGGCGGUUGUCAGUCACACCCCGCUAUUCAGUAUGUCUAAAUCGUGUUAUAAUCCGCAAUACAAAAUGUGCCCGAUGCAGAUAUAUCGAUGGCUUCUCUUCACUAGCGCGACCUUCAUGAGGAACUUCGUGGACGGUUUCGAGUCUCAGGAUGCGGUCUUUGUAAAUUUCCAUCGCAGAUACAAUACCUCGGGAACGGCAAUACUUCACGGCAACGGUUAUUUACCUCCAGCUUCGAUUCCGGAUUUCUCUCUGCCGGAAGUGAUCGAUAACAGAGCUCGGAAUGUAGCGGUCGCGGUGACGGACGAGACCAGAAACUAUCCCAACGCGUUGUAUCAUCUCCCCGGACGGGAUUCCUUGCGAGUCCUCACGCACAAGGGUCCGCAUGACGCAAGAUAUCCGGGGAGCAACGGGUUGCAAAUGCCUCAGCAUCAUCGUCGACCCACUUUCCCGCAAGGCAAACAUCCUCAACAGACCACAACGCAGUCUCCUCCUUCAUCCUCUCCUCUUCCUUUCGGUCAAGGAUCACCAUCGUCCUUCGCAAAUCGUGUCAGUAUUGAAGAGAUGUCCUGCCAGAACAUAGGAGACGAAUUGUUCUUCAGAGCAUCUAUCAAAGCAUCGAGGAACUCGGCUCCACCGGUGAUAGACAACGUAAUGGACGAUUCUUGUCGAGUGACAGCGGUCAAAGACUCUUAUCGCAUUAGUUUUGAGAGGGAUCAGGUCUGGGAUUGCGGGGUCCUCGAUUGUUCCACGGACGGCAACCAAUCGUAUUGUCUCGAUCUAAGAUUCCCCAUGAUCUCCGGUCUACGACUGAGGGACGACUACAGGGUGACGUUGCGAUGUAAGACCCAGGACAGGAUCGCAUAUCGCACGAAGCAGAUCAGCGUGAAAACUUUGGAAGCGAAAGCGAGGAACGUCCCGGGCGUGUUGAACGGCGGCGCCGAGAAUGCCCUGGACGUGGACGUGGGACUGUUCAGGAAAACUUACGGCUCGAAAAACAUUUUCGACACGAGGAUACAAUCGGGCGGCACGGUCGUUCUCGGCGAGGAGAUUUUGCUGCGCGUGUUAGUCAACGGCGACGACAGCUGGCGGCACUCAAAGAUCGGUCAAGUGACAAUGCAUUACGUAGAGGAGCGCCAGCGGCAGAAAAUCGUUAACAGCCUGUGGAUCCUCGACAAGGACGGCUGCUUGAAUCCGGACGUACACGAGAUUUGUCCUCGGGAGCAGUACGCGAUGUCACCGUUGGAAAGCUACCUGAUCCUUCAGGCGUUCAUGUUCGAAGGCAUGAAAGAGACCGAUGAGAUUUUCCUCACUGUGAAGGCUACGGCGUGUCUCGAACCCGUGGACUGUAUUCUGGAUUGUCCCGGCGGUCACGUUAGACGCGCCAGAAGCGUCUCGGAUCGAAACAAUACCAUCGAGUGGCAGGAUGACAUAGUCCUACGAGUAGUUCUUCCAAAAUAUGAACCACGCAUCUCACAGAAUUAUUAUUUAGUGAUCCUGAUAUCGGGAAUUGCGUUAUUUGCGCUAAUCGCGUCGCUGUGGAUCGUCAGGACCUCGCUUCGCCAAAGGAUAGCGAAAUCUCAAAUAAUUUUAAACGCUUAAUUUAAACACUUAUACCCCUAUGAUUGUAUAUAAAAUCUCAAACUGUAAAUAGCUAUAUAUUGAAUAAAUUCGAGUUAUUGUAUA